AUAUAAGAAAAAGACCCAAAAAUCAGGACUGUCCCUAUAAAAUCGGGACAUCUGGUCACCCUAUUCAGUGCGGAAGUGCCCUGCCUUCCGUGCUGCACAGCAGUGCGCAUGAGCAGAUAGAGGAGAUAUGACGACUGCCCUCCAGGCAACAGCUAAAACUGAUGGUAAAUGCUGUGCUGUGGCAGAGGUGGUUUCACUGACAAACAUGAAAUGACUUAAAAUCAACUCUGAAGCUGAGCUCACAGACAAAUGCAUCGACUGCCUUCUAUUCUAAACUACCAGAGUGCAGUGUGACAACACCAGCUUCUCAGAGCAUGGAUCAUGCCAUCUUCUCUGUUUAGAAGGCAACUGGAACACUAAUCCUGAAAUACCAACCUCUGUGUCAUGGUGGAAAUCAUGUGGCACCUGACAGGCUACUGGACCUCUCUGACCAUCCUGCUAGUUUUAUGUCUGUUCCUAAGGCCACCUGGAUCACAUGCUUCAGUCAGUUACAAGCCCAACAUUGUACUGAUACUGGCCGAUGAUCUUGGUAUUGGAGAUGUAGGCUGCUAUGGAAAUGAUACUAUAAGGACCCCUAAUAUUGACCGUCUGGCAAGGGAAGGAGUGAAACUUACUCAGCACAUUGCUGCGGCUCCACUUUGCACCCCAAGCAGAGCUGCUUUCCUGACUGGCAGAUACCCCAUCAGAUCAGGUAUGGAUGCCACUAAUGACUAUCGUGUUAUUCAGUGGGCUGGGGCCUCAGGAGGGCUCCCUCCAAAUGAAACCACUUUUGCCAAGAUACUACAGCAGCAAGGUUAUACCACAGGACUAAUAGGGAAGUGGCAUCAAGGUGUGAACUGUGAAUCCCGCAACGAUUACUGUCAUCACCCUUUAAACCAUGGGUUUGAUUAUUUUUAUGGCAUGCCGUUUAGUCUAAUGAAUGACUGUCAAAUAACACAACUUCCAGAGAAGGACAGAGUCUUGAGAACCAAAUUCUGGCUUUACACUCAGACAAUUGGCCUUGCUGUACUCACACUUGCAAUAGCCAGACUUACUGGCUUGGUCUCAGUCACCUGGAAAAUAAUCACCUGCUUUGCUUUGUUUGGUUUUUUGUUCUUUGCAUCCUGGUUCUCGAGUUAUGGAUUCAUAAGAUAUUGGGACUGCAUUAUGAUGAAAAACCAUGAAAUUACUGAACAGCCAAUGGUGGUAGAGAGAACGACAUCCCUUAUACUGAGGGAGGCCAUUUCUUUUAUUGAAAGAAACAAGCAUGGGCCGUUCCUCCUCUUUGUUUCCUUUCUACAUGUCCACACACCCCUCAUCACCACGGAGUUGUUUCUUGGGAAGAGCAGGUAUGGCUUAUAUGGAGAUAAUGUAGAGGAGAUGGACUGGAUGGUGGGCAGGGUCCUGGAUGCUAUUGAUAAGAAAGGUUUGAAAAAUACCACACUCACGUACUUUGCCUCUGACCAUGGUGGGUUUUUGGAAGCACAAGAAGGAAAAGCCCAAUUAGGUGGUUGGAAUGGAAUAUACAAAGGUGGAAAAGCUAUGGGAGGCUGGGAAGGAGGGAUCCGUGUGCCAGGGAUAUUUAGAUGGCCGGGAGUGUUACCUGCAGACACAGUUAUCGAUGAACCUACAAGUCUUAUGGACAUUUACCCUACGGUGGCUUACCUGGCUGGAGGGAUAGUGCCCCAGGACAGGGUGAUCGAUGGCCGGAACCUGAUGCCUUUACUGCAGGGGUCCAUUCAGCACUCAGAGCAUGAGUUCCUGUUUCACUACUGUGGCAUGUAUUUACAUGCAGUACGGUGGCACCAAAAGGACAGUGGUGCACUGUGGAAGGCUCAUUAUGUGACUCCAAUAUUCCAGCCUGAGGGUGCUGGAGCGUGUUAUGGAAGAGGAAUUUGCCCAUGUUUUGGGGAAGGUGUAACCCAUCAUAAUCCUCCUUUACUCUUUGAUCUGUCCAGAGACCCGUCUGAGGCCAAACCUCUAUCAUCUGCCACUGAGCCCCUGUUUGACACAGUAAUAAGCAGAAUAGAAAGAGCUGUUCAGGAGCAUCGACAGACACUGACUCCAGUCCCACAACAGCUCUCAUUGUACAACAUUAUAUGGAAGCCCUGGCUGCAGCCGUGCUGUGGGACAUUCCCGUUUUGCUGGUGUGAUAAAGAAGGUGACAGUGCCCACCCUGCUCUGUAAAGAAAAUAUAUCGAAGGUUAACUGUAUGAAAAGCUUUAAAAUCAAGUGCCUUUUUUGAGCAAAUGGAUUCUCUUUUUGUUGAUUUAGGAUUACACAGUUGGCUAGCUGUAUGAAAUAGGGUUUAGUGAAGGCCAUUUCAUGAAUCAAGAUUCCAGUCUAGAUGAACCAAAUUAAUAUGUUCCAGUAUGGCAAGUCUUAGGAGUAUCUAUCCACUGCUGAAGACAUAGCUCAGAUACAUUGCAGUGUGCCAAAAUUAAAGGUGCUGUAGUAACCAUAACUUUGAAUCUCUUGAAAUUUGUGGAUAUAGGUUC